UCAUUUGUGUUUGAGAGCGGCAGAACUUGGGACGGAUCCGUCAGGUGUUCUGUAAACCAGUCACUCCUGAUCCAUUGCUCUCACCCCCCUCCACUCCCUCCUCAGACUCACUGUAGCUAUGUCAUUCAGGAGGCAAGUGAAGAACUUCGUGAAAAAUUACUCAGACGCUGAAAAAAAAGUCAGGGAAGCAACUUCCAAUGACCCCUGGGGCCCCUCUAGCUCUCUGAUGUUAGCUAUCAGUGACAUGACUUUCAAUGCGGCCUCCCUCUCGGAGAUCAUGCACAUGCUGUGGCAGCGACUCAGCGACCAUGGGAAGAACUGGCGCCACGUGUACAAAUCCCUUGCCCUGAUGGACUACCUCAUCAAGAACGGCUCAAGGAAAGUUAUUCAGUAUUGCAGAGAGGGCGUCUGUAACCUUCAAAUGCUAAAGGAUUUUCAACACAUAGAUGAAGCGGGCAAAGACCAAGGUCACUACGUCCGGGAGAGAUCGAAGCAGGUCAUAACUCUGCUGAUGGACGAGCAGCUGCUCUACAAAGAGAGGGAAGUGGCCAUGUGGACAAGGCAGCGGACCUCCUACUCCACGUCAUUUCCCAGCAGAUUACCUGCCUCAGGGAACUCACCUACAGUUUGCACUUCCGUGCUCAUCCCAGAAAGCCUUACCUCAGAGAAGAAGCACUCACAAGACUGCAAGAAGGUGGCAGGUCUCCGCAAUAAAAAAAACACAUCCAAGGCCAAGCUGAGGCUGGAGCAGUGCCAGGAUGUGCCCAUGCCUGCUGGGACCUCUCUGCCCCUGUACUUCCCUUCAUUCGGGAUGAAGGCGUGGAAAUCUACAGAGGACCUAACACUGUUGUACUCCUACGAGCAUCCGAAGCAACCUUUGCCGAGGUUACCUCCUUCCUUUACCUCUCCUGCUUCCUGGCUGUCAGAAGGGGAAUCGGAAAUCUGCAAUCUCUGGAACACAGAAGCUGUGUCUACUCCCCCAGAAAAAAGCCCAUCGAUGCAGACAAGUGUAAGUUUAGGCAAGAAAUUGGAGAAUGCCAUUGCAAAUACUAUCACAGAAAGUGCCCCACAAACUCCUCAGGAAAAGCAGACGGCUGCAAAAAGCUUUGAAACGCUGACGCCUUUACAAGCAUUCUGGCCAUCAGGUAAAGAUGAGUUCGUCAGCCUGGGUUUGCGGAUGUCCAAGUCUGAGUCCAUGUUCCACACCCAGUCCUCUGUGGAAACACUCUAUGUCUCACCCACAUUCAAAACCAUUAGCCCACUGAACGAGACCAGUAAGGACCUCCAGACACCUGCACAGUUCAACAUCUGCCGGAUGGAAGACAUGUGUCUCAAGCCUUUAGCCACGCGGGGUGAGUGGACCCCGAAACAAGCCAAUGAAGCAGUCUCCGCCGCCUCAGAGGUCGCAUCUUCCUUUUCUACUCUGUCUAUAUCGCCUCCUGACUCGGCCCAUCCAGAGAAGUUAGGCCGGUGCUUUAUCCCGGUUAUGGGCAGCUCUUCCUUCUGGACUCUGCCCCAGCCACAGUCACCUUCUGACCCCUUCACAGACCAAAACAAGGCAGCCAAGGUUCGCCACCCUUUUGCUCCCAUGAGCACAGCAUCUUCAGACGAUGAGGAGUACCCCAGUCCUCCAGAUAACUCCGAUUCAGCCAUGAAGAAGUCAAGUUGCAGCCCCAGCAGCCGCCGGGGAGCAUUUUCCACCCUAACUAGAGCGCACUUUUCCAGGCCGUCCCAGGCUAGCUUUCGGGAAAGCACAGGCUUGUCCAGGGACUCCGAAUCCCGGGCCAUCCGCACUCUGCUAGGCGAGGUGAAGAACGCUGUGGUUCGGCUUCAUGACGACCUGAGCCUGGUGAUCCAGGAACUCGGUGUCAUCAAGAGCCACCUAGGCAACCUGAGUGGCUGCAGCCUAGCAGUCAGCGAGACCCUGCAGGACCCCCAGCCUCCCAGGGGGAGCCCAGGCCCGGUCUAGCCACCUAGCCAUUUUGCUGGAGCUCCAGGGUUCUGCUGUCCACUGACCUAGAGGGUUCCUUGCCGUUGCUGUGGAGACAAGAAGGCAACGACUUCAUUUUUCAUUGUCACGUUUAUUAGCACCGCCUUUCAAACU